UUAACAAUGCUCUGGACACGUAUGCCACUCUGCCGCCUCUCCAAGCCCUCUACAGGUGCCUGGAAGCCCGUGCUUUUUGAUGGUGGGGCCUUCCAUCUCAAGGGAACGGCGGAACUGGCCCGGGCUUGGCUGGUGCUUCGCCUAUGCGCCUGGCCUCCCUUGGUCACCCAUGGACUAGCGUUUCAGGCCUGGUCUCAGCGACUCCUGGGCUCUCGGAUCUCCAGCGCACUUCUCCGAGCAUCCUUCUAUGGACAGUUUGUGGCCGGGGAGACAGCAGAGGAGGUGAGGGGUUGUGUCCAGCAGCUGAAGGCCCUGGGACUCCUGCCUCUGCUGGCAGUGCCCACAGAAGAGGAACCUGGCUCCAUUGCCAAGACCAGUGAAUCCUGGUAUGAAGGGAACCUCAACACCAUGCUACGUUGUGUGGACUGGUCACGAGCUCUCAUGGACACCUCUGGAACAGCCAGAAACAGCCUCAUGCAGCUGAAGGUGACGGCGCUAACCAGCAUUCAGCUUUGUAAGGAGCUGUCGGCUUGGAUCCAAAGGCCAACCGGCUCCUCGGAGCUGAGCCCUGAGAGGCUGGCAGAAGCCAUGGACUCGGGCCAGAAUCUCCAGCUCUCCUACCUCAGCGCCGAACAGAAUCAACACCUGCAGGCCUCUCUCAGCCGCUUGCACCGCGUGGCACAGCAUGCCCGGGCCCAGCAUGUGAGGCUCCUGGUGGAUGCUGAGUACACUUUCAUCAACCCUGCACUCUCUCUGUUCGUGGCUGCCCUGGCCAUACGCUGGAACAGACCUGAGGAAGGUGGACCCUGGGUGUGGAACACUUACCAGGCCUAUCUGAAGGAAACUCACACACGGCUGGAGAGGGAUGCCGAGGCCUCACUCAGAGCUGGCCUGGCGUUUGGGGUAAAGCUGGUACGAGGUGCCUAUCUGGACAAAGAGAGAGCCCUGACACAGCUCCAUGGGAAAGAAGACUGUGUUCAGCCUGACUAUGAGGCCACUAGCCGAAGUUAUAGCCGCUGUCUGGAGCUGAUGCUACGCCGCGUGUCCCAACAUGGCCCUCUGUGCCACCUCAUGGUGGCUUCCCACAACGAAGAAUCUGUUCACCAGGCAACUAAGCGCAUGUGGGAGCUGGGCAUUCCUCUGGAUGGACCUGUCUGUUUUGGACAACUUCUGGGCAUGUGUGACCACGUCUCCCUGGCACUAGGACAGGCUGGAUAUGUGGUAUAUAAGUCUAUUCCCUAUGGCUGCCUGGAGGAGGUGAUCCCCUACCUGAUCCGGAGGGCCCAAGAGAACCGGAGUGUGCUGCAGGGUGUCCGCAGGGAACAAGCACUGCUCGGCCAAGAACUGUGGCGGAGGCUGCUGGGAAGGAAGGCCUAA